AUGGCGAGCAGGUUACAACAUACGAGUUUGACACCAAGGGAAUUUACCCUCCAAUACCUGGAACAGAUUACAGAUAACUUUUCAGAGGACCACAUAAUUGGUCGGGGUGAGCAUGGGGUAGUUUACAAGGGAGUACUGAACAGUGGGGAAGAGAUUACUCUGAAGAAGUUAUAUCAUACGCCAGAGCUUGACGACACACAGUUCAGGAAUGAGUUAAAUAACCUUGUGAGAGCCCAGCAUCAAAAUAUUGUUGGGUUGGUUGGCUACUGUUGUAAUCUUGGAAAAAAACGGGUUAAGCACGAUGAUGAAUAUACUUCUGCAGUAGUGGAAGAAAGAUUUCUCUGCUUCGAAUACUUACAGGGCGGAAGCCUGGACAAGUAUAUUCUUGACGAGUCGUGCGCACUUGAUUGGCCCACAUGUUUCAAAAUCAUUAAGGGGAUAUGUGAAGGUUUGAAUUACCUUCAUAAUGGAACCGAAGAUCGUAUUCUCCAUCUGAAUCUAAAACCUAGCAACAUAUUGCUGGACAAGAACAUGAUGCCCAAAAUAGGAGAUUUUGGUUUAUCAAGACUCUUCCCUUCAGCACAGUCCUAUGUAACAGCCCAAGCAAUAGAACGAACAUGGAAGCCACUAGAAUAUAUCGACAAAGGACAAACUACAUCGAAAUUUGACAUAUUCAGUUUGGGUCUUAUAAUAAUACAACUGAUGUCAAGGUUCAUUGGCUAUUCUCAUCGUCCAGACAUGCCUUCUCAAGAAUUUUUUGAUCUCGUUCGUCUAAACUGGGAGAAACAGCUGGCGGCAAUGACACCGUGUGAUACGUCAUGGCAAGUUAGGGCAUGCAUAGAAAUAGCGUUAAGAUGUUUGGAGGACGACCAAAUGAAAAGACCUGCUAUAGCGGAUAUUGUCAACGAGCUGAAUGAAAUUAACAGUAUCGAAAGUUGCGAGGCAGAGAUGGAGGACCGGUGCUCAGAAUGGCUUCAGGCAGCGAUGGAGCUUCCAGUUUCUGCUUCGCUUGGCCCCAUAGGACCCCUGUUCCAGAAACUCCAUUCAUUUAAGGCUACCAAAGAAAGUCUGCCAGUGGGCAUUAAUGAAGGUGAUAUCCAGAGUCUCAAGAAAGAGCUCGAGAAAUUAUGCAUCUCCCUCAUGGAUCUGUUAGAAGCCAAUGACACUAGCUUCACGGCCAAGUACUGGAUGAAGGAGGUGCGCGAAGUUUGUUACGAUACAGAGAAUUACUUUGACAAGCUUAUAAUGCAGUCCAAUAAUGGCAGUAGUGUGCGUUGGAUUUGCAAACUGCUGAAAAGACGGCCUCAGAUUGCAAUUGACUUCUCCGCCGCCGAGUUCCAUUAUUGCGCAUCCACAGGAUCCAGGGGAAGAUGA